GCAGCUGCUGCUUUCCAGAGGACACGUCUGGCUGCUGUUGUCAUACAGUCUGCCUACAGAGGAAUGCAAGCCAGGAAAGAGGCUCACGUAUUGAGAGCUGCGAUAAAAAUCCAGUCAAGUUUCCGUGCUUAUGUUUUCCGGACGAGAUUUAAAAACUUGAAAGAUGCAACAGUGAAGAUUCAAGCUUUCGUAAAGAUGAGGCAAGCACGUAAGCGUUACUGCGCAUUAAGGGAAGCAGUGCUUUAUGUCCAGCAAAGGUAUCGAGCUCGUAGAUCCACUCUUCAACUUAAAGAAGAUUAUAGGAAGUUGAAGGGAGCCUGCGUAAAAAUUCAAGCUGUAGUUCGAAGCUAUCUUGUCAGGAAGCAAAUACAAAGGUGGAGGGAGACGGCAGUAUUUCUCCAGGCGUGCUACAGAAUGAGAAGGGACAGGCAGCGUUAUUUAAGCAUCUGUAGUGCUGCCGUUGUCAUUCAGAAACAUUAUCGUGCAUACAAAAAGCAGCUGUGUCAGAGGCAGGAGUUCUUGCAAGUGAAAAAAGCAGCUGUGUGCAUACAGGCAGCCUACAGGGGUUACAAGGCACGCAAAAACCUUGAACUUCAGUAUAGAGCUGCUAUUAAAAUUCAGACUGCUUUUAGAGCUCAUGCUGCAAGGAUGAAAUAUAAGGCAAUGGUUCAGGCCUCCCUUGUCAUUCAGAGGUGGUACAGAGCUUGUAAGACUGGUAACAGGCAAAGACUGAACUUCUUAAUGGCCAGAGCGGCAGUGCUUUCUUUACAGGCAGCUUUUCGUGGCUGGAAGGUACGAAAGCAGAUUCAAAGACAACAUGUUGCUGCUACUAAGAUACAGUCUGCCUUCAGAAAGUUUGUGGCCGUGAAAAAAUUCAGACUUAGGAACCAUGCUGUGCUAACUAUCCAAAAGUAUUACAGAGCCAGUGUUCUGGGCCGGAAGCAACGGCAAGAAUAUCUUCAGCUGCGCAGCUCCAUAGUGCGACUUCAGGCAAUAUGGAGGGGGAGAACCGUGAGAAAAACCAUCCAGAAGGAACAUCAUCUUGCAACAAUUAUUCAGUCCUAUUACAGAAUGCAUGUAAAUCAGCUAAAAUAUAAGAAACUAAGACAAGCCACUCUAGUGAUUCAGAAAUACUUCAGAGCUUACUGUAUGAGAAAAAAGCAGCGUGCGAUUUAUUUGAAAACAAAAGCAGCUGUGUUAGUCUUGCAGUCAGCUUACCGUGGCAUGACGGUGAGGAAACAACUGAACGAACUGAACAAAGCUGCUACAACUAUACAGGCUGCCUUCAGAUCUUACCUUGUCAAAAAGGACUACGAAAGACUGAGAUCUGCAGCUAUAGUAGUUCAGAGGCGUUACCGUGCAAUUAUUCUUGCUAAAUGUCAAAACCAGAAAUAUUUGUCUUUAAAAAAAGCCACAGUCAAAAUGCAGGCAAUUUAUAGAGGCGUAAGAGUUAGGCGACGAGUUCGCUGCAUGCGUCAAGCAGCUGUUUGUAUCCAAGCCACGUUUAAGAUGCACCGCAUGAGCAUAAAAUACCAGGCGAUGAGAAUGGCAGCAAUUAUAAUUCAAAGACAGUAUAGAGCAUUUUGUUUAGGCAAAGCACAACGUAGAAAAUACGUGGAACUGAGGAAGUCUAUAAUUACCCUUCAGGCUGCCUGUAGGGGCAUGAAGGUCCGACAAGACUUAAAAACUAUGCACCAGUCGGCAGCAAUAAUACAAUCGUCUUAUCGAAUGCACAAACAGCAGAGGGAUUUCAGAAAAUUGUUGCUGGCAACUAGGCAAAUUCAGCAGUGGUUCCGUGCUUGUAAGGAGCGAAAUGCUCAAGUUCACAACUACAUGCUUAUGAAGAGUGCUACACUUCGUAUCCAGGCUGCGUUCCGUGGAAUGAAAGCAAGAAGACUUCUAAGAACUAUGAAUGAGGCAGCUGAGCUGAUUCAAAGAAGAUUUAGAGCUUUUCUCGAAAGAAAACAUUUCCUUUCCAUUAAGAGAGCUGCUGUUGUAAUUCAGAGACAAUACAGAGCCACAAAACUAGCAAAAACGGAGCGCCAAAAAUAUCUCUCGUUCCUUAAUGCUACUGUUACCAUACAGUCUGCUUACAGAGGCUCUGUAGUAAGAAAAGAAAUGCAGCGGAUGCACCAAGCUGCUACAGUUAUUCAAGCGAUAUUAAAAAUGCGUAAAGUUUAUGUUUGUUAUCAAGCUCUCAAGCUUGCUUCAGUAAUCAUACAGCGACAUUACCGUGCUUACAGGGAAGGGAAGCGUGUGAGAGAAACGUACUCAAAACUGUACAAUUCUGUUUUAGUCCUUCAGGCUGCCUAUAGAGGAAUGAGAACAAGGCGCUUCUUGAAGAAAAGACAGGAGGCAGCGCUUACGAUACAGAGAAACUAUCGAAUGUAUCGACAGUACGAGCAUUACAGAAAAGUUCAGUGGGCAACCCAGCUGAUACAGAAGAGGUACAGAGCCAAUAACCUAAAGAAAAUUGCGGUCCAGCGUUACUCUUCGUUAAGGAAAGCGGCAGUUUGUAUUCAGAAGGCUUUUCGAGACACGCAAGCGAAAAAGCGAUGUCGAGAGAUGCACAGUGCUGCUGCUGUUUUGCAGAAAAAUUUCAAAGCUUUUAGAGAGCGCAAAAGAUACCUCGCGCUUAAAGCAGCCACUCUUGUCUUUCAGAGAAGAUACAGAGCUUUGAUUCUGUCCAGACAAUGUGCUUUGGAGUACCUUGCUCUUCGCAGAGCAACUAUUUGUGUACAGGCUGUGUACAGAGGGGUCAGGGUGCGGAAGAGGAUUGAGCACAUGUAUUUAGCUGCCACUACGAUACAGUCGGCCUACAAAAUGCACAGGGAUAGAAGGUCCUAUCAAAAUAUGAAAACUGCAGCUAUUUUUGUACAGAACUACUAUCGAUCCUACGUUAAAGGAAAGAAUCAACGGCAGAAAUAUCUGACGAUGAGGAAUUCGGCUCUUGUUAUUCAGGCGUCUUACAGAGGCAUGAAGGAACGACAGAAACUGAAAAUCAUGCAUGUUUCAGCAGUUGUAAUACAGUCUAGUUACCGCAUGUACGUACAACGUAGAUAUUACAAACGGUUGUGCUGGGCUGUCAGAGUUACACAGCAGAGGUUCAGAGCCAAAGUGGCAAAAGAAGCCGACAUGGAAAACUAUGCAAAAGUUAAAAAGGCCGUCGUUUGCCUUCAGUCCUCUUUUCGUGCUAAAAAGGCGAGGCAGUUGUACAAAGCCUAUGUCGCUGCACGGCGCAUACAGUCCUUCUUACGAAU